CAAAGCACUGUGGGAACUGUUCCUCUGCAGCAAUGGCUUGGCUUGUAGUGAGAAUAGCAUUUUCUGUGUGUUUAUUAUAUACCGCAUUAGCGGUAUUUGAAGAUCAAGUUGGAAAGUUUGAUUGGAGGCAACAGUUUAUCGGCAAAGUGCGUUUUGCCUUGUUUGACACACAUUCUCAAGCGUCCAAAAAGCUUCUGGUGGCAACUGACAAAAACGUGUUUGCUUCCCUCAAUUCUAGGACUGGCGACUUUUUCUGGCGCCAUGUGGAUAAGACUGGACCAGAGGGUCAUAUUGAUUCGCUUCUUAUGGAUGGACAAGAUGCUGUAGUUGUGAUUGGGAAUGGGCGUUUGCUUCGCUCCUGGGAGACCACAGUUGGUGGCUUGAAGUGGGAGACUGUGCUUGAUACUGGAAGCUUUCAGGCCGCUGCCUUAGUUGGAGUCCAAGGCUUUGUGAAGUAUGUUGCCGUGCUUAAGAAAACAGCAAUCUCCUUCCAUGACCUUACCAGUGGUAGCCAGAUAUGGGUGGAAAACCUACCUGACAGCGACUCUGUUCAGUAUCAAACCAUUUAUUCUGGAGGGAAUGGAUUGUUGUUUGUUCUGGGAGUUGUCCCAAACUCCCAUAUUGUUAUUGUUGAAUACAAAAUGGAAGAUGGAGAAAUCAUGAAUAAGAAAUCAGUUGAAGCAGCAUGGAUGUCAAGCUUGGAGAGCAGCUGUGCAGUCAUCAGCUCAGGGAUUCUCUUGUGUGUGGACCCGAUCACACAGUCCCUUUACACACUGCUACUGCAGUCUACAGAACAGAAAGAUAUGAAACAGAUCCAUCUCCAGACUCUGGACUUGGAGGUGGCAUCUGGAUUCCAACCUGUUCUGACAUCCACUCAGCCCAACCCUGCGCAGCCUCCUCUCGCUGAGUUCUUUCUGCAGCUCAGUCCAGAUCAUCACAUCCUGCUGCAGCACAAAGAUGGCCUCAUUGCUCCACUCCGAGAUUUCAGUCCAUCUAAUCUGGUUGCUUUUGCCACAACCGGAGAGAAGACAGUUGCUGCUGUGAUGUCACUAAAGAAUGACACAGCCUGCAGCAUCAAUCUGUUUAGUGCUGAAACAGGACGGAGACACCUGGACACCACCAUUAUCUACCACAUGGACCCCAGUGGAGGAAAGCCAAACAGAAUGUAUGUCCACGCCUUUCUGAAGAAAGAUGACUCUGUGGGAUACAGAGUCAUGGUGCAGAUGGAAGAUCAUACCCUCACAUUUUUACAACAACCUGGCAGAGUCGUCUGGACGAGAGAGGAGGCCCUGGCUGAUGUGGUUGCCAUGGAAAUGGUUGAUCUGCCACUCACUGGAACGCAGGCAGAGCUGGAGGGAGAGUUUGGAAAGAAAGCUGAUGGCCUGUUACCCAUGGUCCUAAAGCGCCUAUCUUCCCAGUUCAUCCUGCUGCAGGCUUGGUUGGCCCAUCUCUGGAAACUCUUCUAUGAUGCCCGGAAGCCUCGGAGCAGUGUGAGGAAUGAGGUCACCAUAGAGACCCUGUCUCGGGAUGAGUUUAACCUGCAGAAAAUGAUGGUGAUGGUAACUGCCUCUGGGAAGCUCUUUGGCAUCGAGAGUAAAUCAGGAACUGUUUUGUGGAAGCAUUUUUUAGAAAACAUAAAUCCCAACUCUGUUUUCAAACUAAUGGUUCAGAGGACAACUGCACACUUUCCUCAUCCUCCACAGUGCACACUUCUUAUUAAAGAUAAGGAUACAGGUCUUGGAAGCCUCCAUGUCUUCAAUCCUAUUUUUGGUAAGAGGAGUCAUACUAGUGUCCCUGCCUUACCCAGACCUAUCAUUCAGUCUCUGUUGUUGCCGCUCAUAGACCAGGACUAUGCUAAAGUUCUCCUCCUUAUUGACGAUCAGUACAAGGUCACAGCUUUUCCAUCUACUAAGAAUGUUCUCCAGCAGCUUCAGGACAAAGCAUCCUCCAUAUUCUUCUACCUAGUGGAGUCCAGCCAGGGCAAACUGUCUGGUUUCCGUCUACGCAAGGAUUUGUCUACAGAGCUAAUCUGGGAGGUGGUCAUCCCAACUGAGGCACAGAAGAUUGUGGCUGUCAAAGGAAAACGUGUAAAUGAACAUGUUCAUUCCCAGGGCAGAGUAAUGGGAGACCGUAGCGUGCUCUACAAGUAUCUGAACCCUAAUCUUCUGGCUGUGGUAACGGAGAGCACUGACACCCAUCAGGAGCGUAGCUUUGUGGGAAUCUUCCUCAUUGAUGGUGUGACUGGCCGUAUUGUACAUGAGGCAGUGCAGCGGAAGGCCAGAGGACCUGUUCAUUUUGUGCAUUCAGAGAACUGGAUGGUGUAUGUAUACUGGAAUGCCAAGUUUCGUAGGAAUGAGUUUUCUGUAUUGGAGCUCUUUGAGGGAGCAGAGCUCUAUAACAGCACAGUCUUCAGCUCACUGGACAGACCACAUCCACCUCAGGUGCUACAGCAGUCGUACAUUUUUCCCGCUCCUAUAAGCACUUUGGAAGCCACACUGACAGAAAAAGGCAUCACCAGCCGACACCUCCUUGUUGGGCUGACAUCAGGUAAUAUUUUAUCCUUACCAAAGAUAUUCCUGGACCCACGAAGACCAGAGGUGGUCUCAGAACAGAGUCGGGAGGAAAAUCUCAUUCCCUAUGCUCCAGAAAUGCCAAUUCGAACAGAGUGGUUUAUAAACUACAACCAAACUGUAUCAAGAGUAAGGGGACUCUACACUGCCCCCUCUGGCUUGGAGUCUACUUGUUUGGUGGUUGCGUAUGGUCUUGACAUCUACCAGACCAGAGUGUUCCCCUCCAAACAAUUUGAUGUCCUUAAGGAUGACUACGAUUAUGUACUUAUCAGCAGUGUGCUCUUUGGCCUCUUCUUUGCUACCAUGAUCAGCAAACGUCUAGCAGAAGUCAAACUGCUCAACAGGGCAUGGCGAUAAUCAUGAUGUCCUGUUGACUUCUCUCUUUCAUGCACUGCAAUGUGCUUGACACAUUGAUGGCAGGAGACUAGCCGGUGACCAUGUCAAAACUGCAAGAUCGUUUGAUAAGUUUUGUGUGUUUUUACCACCAGCUGUCCCAGGGAUCUUGUGUAUUGAGAGGAAGUGCAUAGACAGCUAUGAUAGUUUUCCCCUUUACAGAAAGACAUUAUUGAUGUAGGUUUUAAUAUAUAAAUAUAAUUAUUUUUUUGCCCAGCAUUGAACAGAUCACAGUCUUAAUUUUUUUAUUGUUUAUUUAUUGUGCCUUUUGGGGUAACAUGUGGUUUAAAGUUAUAUCCUUAUUAAAAAUCAACCAUCCCAUGUUUUUAUUGGAUGCUCCCUCACAUCCAAUAAAUUUUUUUCUUUAUACAUUUCAUUCAGCAAUGUUGUGAUUUAAAAAGAUUGAAGGAUGUGUGAAGUGCAUUUUCAAAAAGAGAAUCAAUGAGGGAUUAUUGAAAAGGUACCUCUUAUCAAUUUAAAUUUAAAUGGAUGGAAUUAAUGAUUGGGUUUUUAAAUAAUAAUUUGAGUGCUUAUUUAUAUCUGAUGAUGUGUUUGAGGAUAUAGUGCAUUGUUCCGAAUUGUGCGAAAUGGAUUUGAAUGGGCAAAUACUAAUGCAAAUGAGAACUGUGAAAUUUCAAGAGUCAAGGCAUUUUAAUUGUUUUGUCCUGGAUAUUUAUGAUAGAAGGUUCUGCAUAGAUUAAACUAAACAAUAUGGAUGAACUUUUUCUAGUUGUUUUAUGGUAUGUCAAAUUCACUGGAUGGUUUGGAGCCAUGUUACUUGAAAUAUGUAUGGGCAAAAUCCUACUAUGCCAUGUCAUACUUCAAUUUUGACUCCUUACAAAUACUUGUGAUUUUACAUUUACGUCAAAUGUUUCCACUACUUUUCAUUGAUUCUACUUUAAAAUGUUUGAAAACAUCCUGUCUGCUACAAAUUAAAUACUGAUAUCAGAACAAAGUUUAGUUAAAUUAUAUUUGCAACACAAGGGUAGAUCAAUAAAUUGGUGUGAAAACCUACAGUUUUUUUUUUUUUUUUUUUAAACAAGGAUAAAAUAUGUGUUCAUUUCCCCGUUAAUCACUAAUAAAAGAUGUC